UUACAACAAAAAGGAAGUGCUCUUUCGACUCGGAUCAGUGAUGCUUCCUUCCUUCAGUUCAACACACUUUACAACAGUAUCAUACGAUUCGUAUACUUUUAAUAGGCUGCUAAACUACAUAUUUUCUUUAACUUAUGUUUGCUAAACUCAUCGAAUAUGCACAAUCACCAUGGCGGAAUGGCGAAUAUCGUUUGAAUAGGAAGCCAUCUUGACGCAUCGAAAUUCGAAACGUCAAGCACGCGUGACAUGCCGGUGACAGCUUGAAAACGAUAUCUGUGUUUUUUGUUAUGUUUUCGAUUUCAACAGAGCAUGCCGCACAGGAUCAGCGGGUUGAAAACAUCUGGAAAUGAUUCACGACAUUCUGUUCACGCUGUUCUCUUCAAAUACCGAAUUGCCGAUUGAAAACUUUACUAUUCCGGAGGUGGCAUCCACAUUCCUGCACCCGGGUGAAAUUCACAUCCUCGAAGAGCUAAUUCGUAUAGCAAACCAGUACAAGGAGAUAAAGAAAUUUGUUCAACAGUAUGGCACACUUACAGCUGGGCUACUCAAACCGAAACAACAAAAGCCGACAGAAGAACCACUACUCCAAGGGCUUUAUCUGCAGGCGUUUGUUGAUGGGUUGGAGUUGGUCGUGAAACCGUACCGCGAUCUAGUGGUAGAACUGGAAGCUAAGUAUCUGAAGCGUCCUAACCUAACGCUGAUGUUUAUCUUUCAUCAAGUUAGUCAGUAUCGAUCGUUGUUCGGUUUUCUGCUCCAGUUAAUCAGCGGUGUUGUGACGCAAAGAAUCCAUGGUUGUGCGUUACUGCCUUACCUUCAACAGCAUUGCCUGCAUGGUAACGAUGCUAACUAUCAGGCAGUUAAAACUGUACAAAAAUCGGUGUACGUCAUAUUUCUGAAACAGUUGUAUGGUUGGCUGAUGCACGGCAAGUUCGUCGAUCAUUACGGUGAAUUUUUCAUUCAGCAGAUGGAAACAAACCCCAAAACUUCCAUUUUGACGGGCGGUUUGAAUUCCCAACAACCGACGCAUACGUCCGUUAAUUCGUCGGACAGUGCGAGCAUUAACUCCGAACUGUGGAGGUAUGAAAUACGUCGUGAAAUGCUACCUUACUACUUUCCCGCUAGUUGGGCCGAAAAGGUACUGUUUGUCGGGCAAACCGUGCUGAUGUGUCAGUUCGAUCCAAGACAGCAAGUGGUCGACCGCAUAGUGGCGCGAGGUGAUUCAAAAGCAAGGAAGGGAGCGGCACUGGCGGCGGCCGCCGUAAAAGAUAACCUGUGGGGUGAACACGAACAAGAGCUGUUUCGAAAGUUUCAUCUAUUACAAAACGAAGAGAAUCUUAAUGUGACCAAGUUUGAGCAUCUGGUAGACGAAAUUAAGGAACAAGUCACAAAACACAUGUCCAUGAUAGUGAUCGAGAAAGCAGACCUGGAACGUCAGCUACGAUUAAUGAAGGAUUUCUUCCUGCUCGGUCGGGGAGAAUUGUUUUCCGAGUUUCUGACGCAAACACAAUCGCUAAAGCUGCUCAUUGGAAAGGAAAUCAAUGAUGGCACUACCCGCGAUUUAAACCGAGCACUAAAGCUGGCAGCCAACAGCAUCAACGUUGGCGAAGACAUUGAACAGUUUUCUUUUGAGCUGUCCGGUAAGGAUGAGAUCGAAGAAAGUUUCUGUUAUGAGGCAAAAAGUGCCGUCGGACACAUUAUGCUCAAGUAUAAAGUCAAAUGGCCAUUGCAUCUGCUCUUCUCGCCGCGCAUUCUUGAUCGAUACAAUGAAAUGUUUCGAUUUUUGCUUCGCAUAAAGAAAAUUCAGCACGAUCUACUGCAGAUUUGGUCAAACCAGCGUGAGAGAUGUAUCAAGCACAACUCGGAAGUUGUACAGUUACGCAAUAAGCUCAUGUUUCUAAUCAACAAUUUGCAGUACUACCUUCAGGUGGACGUGCUAGAGAGCCAGUUUGCCAUUUUAAUGGCAGCGAUCGCAAAUUCGGCCAAACAGGCCGACUUUGAGCGCAUUCAACGGGCGCAUACCAUUUUUCAAGCGAACGUACUUAGCUUAUGCUUUUUGCUGACCAGUUCGAACAGUGGCGAACCUUCGUCACUCAGCAUGACACCUAACAUGUCGGGAGUAAUACAGGUACAGGAAAAUCCGGUGCUAACGAUUCUUGACAGUAUUCUGUGUAUUGUCGACCGUUUCUGUACGUUUUGUAUGUUCUGUAAAGAUCCGAUGACUAAGGUAGAACGCCAGGAGUUUGUCACCUACGAGCAGGGAUUCAUGAACCACGUGGAUUCGUUGUUAAAGCUUCUAAUUGGGCUCAAAGCGGGACCCAGCAGUGCACCACUCUCGCAACUGUUGCUGCGACUGGAUUUCAAUCACUGGUUUAGCUCGAAUACUCAAAGUUCACACUCGCAAUAGUCUUUCCAUAUUUAUUGCCGCAGUACCAACAUUAUUAGUCCAUUUGCAUCUUCUCUAGAUGAGUCUUCAUUAAGAUACACUUUGUCAUAUGACAUUCGCAUGGCAGAUGAUGUUCUUCUCUCUCCGCGUCCAGUAACGUGAGCUGAAGGUCAUACCUAUACGUAAAGAAAAUAUAGUAAUAAAAAAGUACGUGCUAAUUUAGUGAUUUCGUGACAUUA